GCCCCGCCGUCACUGCGCGGCGGGCCCCGUGCCGCGUCCCCUCUCCGCUCGUCUUCCGGUGAGAGGGCAAGCUACAACGGAGUGACCGAUCUACCACCAUCAACCACCACCCACACGGCCACACCAGUACGCCACGCCGCUCGCGCUCGCGCUCGAGCUCGAGAUCUCCCCCCGCCCUCCUCCCAUGGAUCCCCUCCGCUUCCGCCUCGGCGCGCUCGUGUCGGCUCUCGUGCUCGCCGCCGCCGGCGGGUGGCUGUGGGGCGGCGCAGAGGCGUCGAUCCACACCUACGGCCUCGAGUCCUUCCGCGAGGUGGGCAACGCCUUCCUCCUCUCCGGCGGGAGCGAGGGCAUCGUCGCUGUCGGGACCGACCCCGCUGCCCCCGCCUCUUCCUUCAUAAAGUUUGUGAAUGUUACUUUCUGGAGGACUGCAGAAUCAGCGGAAUCACACGCAAAAAUGGCACACAGUACAGGUCUGGUACAAGCUAUUCUAUUUGAAGCAGCAGACAGGGAUAACAUUGGGGGAUCUGCCUAUGGUGGACAGAGGUCCAUUUGCUGUACCCCUGACCUUGCUAAACUAGAGGGCUGCAAACAAGGAGAAGUAAUCAAGAGGCCAUCCUCUGAUGAUCCCGAUUGGCCUGUUGUGAUAGAUACACAUUUCAGUGCUAAUCACCUUUCAGUGAAGUUGGAAGAUGAGGAAGUUCGUAUUACAAAGACAGGCAUGUACAAUUUGUUCUUCAUUUCUUGCGAUCCAAAACUGAGGGGCCUUGCUAUGAGUGGGAAGACAAUCUGGAAGAAUCCUGGCGGAUACCUACCGGGACGAAUGGCACCUCUGAUGAAAUUUUAUGUUUUCAUGUCGCUGGUAUAUCUGUUAGUCAUGGUUAUUUGGUUUAGCCAGUACAUAAGGUUUUGGAGGGAUAUACUGCCAAUCCAGAAUUGGAUUACACUAGUCAUUGCUCUUGGCCUGUUUGAGAUGACACUAUGGUAUUUCGAAUACUUAAACUUCAACAGCAGUGGUGUACGGCCAGUUGGAAUCACAACUUGGGUGGUAACCGUUGGCGCCAUCAGAAAAACAGUUUCCCGUCUACUGAUCCUUUCUAUAUCAAUGGGGUACGGUGUUGUUCGCCCAACUCUGGGAGGGCUCACCUCUAAGGUUUUGCUCCUUGGGCUUACAUAUUUCCUGGCUUCUGAAUUGCUGGAUAUUGCAGAAAAUGUUGGAACAAUUAAUGACAUAUCAGGCAAAGCAAAGCUUUUCCUUGUCCUCCCUGAUGCAUUUUUGGAUGCUUUUCUGAUACUUUGGAUUUUCACUUCUCUUUCCCGCACUCUUGAGAAGCUACAGGCAAGGAGGAGCUCUGUGAAAUUGGAUAUAUACAGAAAGUUUACAAAUGCGUUGGCAGUUUCUGUGAUAGCUUCAGUUGUCUGGAUUGGUUAUGAGGUCUAUUUCAAAGCGACAGACCCCUUUAGUGAGAGAUGGCAGAGUGCCUGGAUCAUCACAGCCUUCUGGGAUGCUCUUGCAUUUGUUUUGCUUGUUGUGAUAUGUUAUCUGUGGGCACCAUCCCAAAGCUCACAAAGGUAUGCGUAUUCAGGUGAAGUUGCUGACGAGGAUGAUGAGGAGGCCCAAUCUCUGACAAAGGGGCCUGAUGGUGAUGUAGGGAUGGUAAAGAUUGACAAAGACAGAAAUGCUGGUGUGAGCAAUGCUUUCAGCUUAGAAGAUGAGCCUGAGGAGGACAAAAGAGAGUAGUUUUUGUUUGUUAUGCUGAGAUACUGAGGAAACAAGUGAUUUAUCGGAGCAAGAAUGUUCCAACGUUGCUCAGUUCUUUUUGGUGGUUCGAUAUCAUUUUACGGUCAUGCCUUCGCUAAAAUGGUUUUGCUGUAGGAGCACGAGAUUUUUAUCCAUGCCUUGUAAGAGUAAUGGUUCUAGUUCGAUGUGGAGUUUGGGUAGGCCACCAUGGUGCAAAAUUGCAAAUUAUUUAUACCAAAAACAGUGUACAUAUAUGUUUCUUUGCCGGUUGUGUAUUUCUGAUGGGCGUCUUGUACGGAACUGAUGAACUGAUGUGUGUAGACAAGAAUUGCUGGAUGAACUGUGA